ACAUGCAGAAAUUUAGUCACCAUACUUGGAAUCUGAAGAGAGAAAUGGCCAGUGACAGGAUCCAUGCUGCUUUACCUGACCCUCCCAUUCAAAAUGAAGAGGAGAACAAAGAAGACAAGGCUUUUGGGAAUAUCUUUGCUGAGUUAGAGUCUGUGGACUUGCCUCUAGGAACAACCUUAAGGUCAAUUUACGAUGACCAGCCCAACGCCCACAAGCGCUUCAUGGAAAAGCUGGACGCCAGGAUAAGGAACCAUGAUCGUGAGAUUGAGAAGAUGUGCAAUUUCCACCACCAAGGCUUUGUGGACGCCAUCACAGAGCUCCUGAAAGUCCGUGCUGAUGCAGAGAAACUGAUGGGUCAAGUAACGGACACUAAUCGAAGACUACAAGAGGCUGGGAGGGAGGUGACAGCUCAGACAGAGGAGGUGAUUCGCUGUCGGAUUCAGCAGAGGAACAUGGCCACCACUGUGGAGAAGCUCCAGCUCUGUAUACCUGUUUUAGAAAUGUACAGCAAACUAAAAGAGCAGCUGGAAUCCAAAAGAUACUAUGCUGCGUUGAAAACUAUGGAGCAGCUGGAGAAGGUCUUCAUUCCCAGGGUGAGUCAGUACAGGUUCUGUCAGAUCAUGGCUGAAAACCUGCCCAGACUAAGAGAGGAGAUCAAGGAGAUCUCCAUGUCGGACCUUAAAGACUUCCUGGAGAGCAUCAGAAAGCACUCCGACAAGGUUGGAGAGACCGCCAUGAGACAGGCACAGCAGCACAGGACCUUUAACAGUGCAGUAGCCAAACAGGCCAGUAUCGGCCACUACACCAAGCCUGUGUACUCCCUCAAUGGACGAACACACACUCACACUCACAACGGCCUGAUGAUAGACGACGACACAGGAGAUGAGGAGGAAGCAGAUGAAGAGAUUCUUACAGCUCAGGACCUUGUGGACUUCUCACCUGUCUACAGGUGUUUACACAUUUACACUGUGCUGGGUGACCGAGAAACAUUUGAGAGCUACUACAGGAAACAAAGGAAAAAACAGGCCAGGCUAGUGCUGCAGCCACAGGCUAACAUGCAUGAAACAGUGGAAGGAUACAGAAGAUACUUCAAUCAGAUCGUAGGGUUCUUUGUUGUAGAGGACCACAUCCUCCAUGCCACGCGGGGGCUGGUGACCAGAGCUUUCACUGAUGAACUGUGGAACAUGGCCCUGUCCAAGAUCAUCGCUGUGCUUCGCACACACUCUUCAUACUGUGAUGACCCAGACCUGGUCUUGGAGCUGAAGAAUCUCAUAGUCAUCUUCGCUGACACACUACAGGGUUAUGGUUUCCCAGUGAACCGGCUGUUUGACCUGCUGUUUGAGGUCAGAGACCAAUACAAUGAGACUCUGCUGAAGAAGUGGGCACUGGUUUUCAGGGAGAUCUUUGAAAUGGACAACUACAGUCCCAUCCCAGUGGAGACAGAGGAGGAGUAUAAACUAGUAGUCAGCCGCUUUCCUUUCCACGAUGCCGAGAUAGAGAAGCAGGACUUUCCAAAGAAGUUGCCAAUGUCCCAGUCUGUCCCUCAAAUCUACACACAGGUCAAAGAGUUCAUUUACGCCAGCCUCAAGUUCUCUGAGUCACUACACCGGAGUUCAACAGAGAUUGACGACAUGUUGCGAAAAUCAACCAACCUGCUGCUGACAAGAACACUCAGCAGCUGUCUGCAAAACCUCAUCAAGAAACCUCACAUAGGAUUGACUGAGCUGGUGCAGAUCAUCAUUAACACCACACACCUGGAGCAGGCCUGCAGGUAUCUAGAGGAGUUUAUAACAAACAUUACCAAUGUCUCCCCUGAAACAGUACACACCACAAGACUCUAUGGCCUUUCCACGUUCAAGGAUGCUCGUCAUGCUGCAGAGGGAGAGAUUUAUACCAAACUCAACCAGAAGAUUGAUGAGUUUAUCCAGCUAGCAGAUUAUGAAUGGGGUAUGGCUGAGUCGGACGGUCGUGCCUCUGGAUACCUCAUGGACCUUAUCAACUUCCUACGGUCCACUUUCCAGGUCUUCACACACCUCCCGGGUAAAGUGGCUCAGACAGCGUGUAUGUCAGCCUGCAAGCAUCUGUCCACAUCACUGAUGCAGAUGCUGCUGGACACAGAACUCAAACAGAUCAGUAUGGGGGCUAUCCAGCAAUUCAACUUAGAUGUCAUUCAGUGUGAAUUGUUUGCCAGUUCAGAGCCGGUCCCUGGAUUUCAAGGAGACACACUCCAGCUGGCCUUCAUUGACCUAAGACAGCUCCUGGAUCUGUUCAUGGUGUGGGACUGGUCAACUUACCUGGCAGACUAUGGCCAACCAACUUCCAAAUACCUGAGAGUGAACCCAGCCACCGCCCUGGCUCUGCUGGAGAAGAUGAAGGAUACCAGUAAGAAGAACAACAUCUUCUCUCAGUUCAGGAAGAACGAUAGAGACAAACAGAAACUGAUAGAGACUGUGGUCAAACAGCUAAGGAGCCUGGUUAAUGGCAUGUCCUCCUAAACACACACACACACACACACACACACACACACACACACACACACACACACACACACAGGAGCAACAUGUGUGUCGCAAAGAGAUGUAAAGAAUGGAACAUGCAUGCAGUCAAAUGCACACACUAAACUGCCAACACACUCAACAACACAGAGGAUGGAGAUGAUCGCACAUGUAAUGAAGUGAUAACAAACUACAUGACAAGGAACCACACAGGGAACUCACACACAAACACAAAAAAGGGACAGACAGCUUACAUACACACAACAUCACAUGAAGGCACAGCAAUACACACACUGUACAAGGCAUGCAGGGAACAGACCCCAACACACACACACACACACACACACACACAAGUCAUAUCCUCUCCCUACUGUUAUACCUGACUGAAUACUCAAUGUAAAUAACACACACACACACACACACACACACACACACUAAACAGUUUACUGGAAUCUUCACAGGAAUGAGCAGUAAAGUGUUUGUAAAGUAUUUUUAAUGGUUAUAAUAAGACAAACUAUGUUUUGUACAUUAGUGAUGAUUGCAGCUGCAGGGGAAGACCGGUACAGCAGAGGAAAUGACUCUCACAAGUACUGGGACAAUGAGGUCAAAGGUCAACACUGUCUGCACAACAAGUUAGGGGGGCAACCCACAACCACUACAUCACCAAGCUUCCAGUGUAUCCUACAUCAUUAGCUUGUUCCACUUUCUGUCAUUCAUGGCUUCAGUUCCAGGAAACAAUCAGAACAGAUUCUGUAGAAGAAAUCUGAUCUCAUGAGAACAUUAAGAAAUGAUAGUCAGGUAGUUACUGUGGCAGGAAAACAUCUCAGUGUUUCCAUGUGGCUUUCACCAUCUGUCUACUUUAACAGAAAGAAGAUGGAUGACCAAGUUAAUUUCAUUGUCCCAGUACUUGAGAUACUGUUACUGUGUAUGCAUGUGUUCAGAAAGAAAGUGAUGCUAAGCUCAUGGAUGGAUGGAUGAAUGGAUGGAGGAACAGAUGAAUGGAUGAUGACGUCUCGAAAGACUGAUGUUCAUGAAAAAAGUGAAGUUUUGUUUAACUCCUUGGUGGCUUUGCUUGCUGUUUAUCUUCUUUUCUGCCUCACAUUGAGCAUUGAGACCAACCUUGAGACAGAACCGCACAGUGACUGAACACAGAGGAGUUCACUGUGUCACAUGAGUGUUUGACACCCAGAUUGUAGUUGGAAUUUUGACGUGUUCUGCACAUGAAAAAGAGGGUAGGAAUCUGAAAAUUUAGUCCAAACACAGGUUGGACAAUAUAACACAACAGUUUGCCAAAUAGUACAAUCUGUUACAACAACACACAGAUUCAUGCAGACAGAGGCCAUGUGAUUGCAGGUUGUUGUACUGAUUGUAUUAGAUUGUACAGGUGGACAUGUCUGGGUCUGGUCAGCAAAGGCUCCAAGGAGCUGAUGAGGAUUUUGGUUUAGAGUGUUGUAAUGACCACUGCAUGAAGUAAUCCUAAUAGAGGGUUUGCAUGUAAUGUCACCAUAUGAGGAAAUUUACCAUGGUCAUAGGAAACUGACUUCUGGUGUUAACAUGCAGUCAAUAUCUGGAUAUGUUUGGCACUCGGAAUGUGACUGCAGCCAGCACACCUCUGUAGGUGAACUGCUGUCAGAUCAGUGUAAGAAGCCUACAAUCAGAUGCCAUUAUCCAGAUCCAGAUAGCAUGUUAAUACCAGGUGGAGAUAGGAUGUUAACGUCCCAGCACUUUACAACCUCCACAGAGCAACUGGCACAUCAUUGUUAAAUCUGAUGACCUUGCUUGUACAAGACUUCACAGUUUAGUUUUCCUUCUAACAUCACAGCUGUAUUCAUUCAUAGCAGCCACAACAGUGUUUGACCCCUCAGUGGUGGCAGGGGUGGUCAGCUGGCAUCAUGUGAGCUGUGACAUCAGUGCAUGCCCUCUUCCUCCCUCUGUAAAUCCUGUCAGUUGUAGGGUUAAGGACACUAUUUAUGUGACGUUAACUGCAGUUUUGUCUUACAGCCCACUGAAACUACUUGAUUCAUGCUUACACAAAAAACAAGACCCACAUGGGAAAUUGUUAUGUUAUUAGUGAUUAUAUAUACAUAUAUAUAUUUAACAGUUCAAUAACUAAAUUGUUUUUUUGUUCCUCAGGGUGAAAAUGAAGCUUUAGAAUCUCAUAACCCACAUAUAUUCACAAAGCACAGCAAUAAUAAAUUGGUUGCUUUCAGCCUUGCAGGCAGGUUGAUGCUUCUCUUAAACCUGCUCCUGACUCCUGAUAAUGACAAACAUUUUAUAAUGAGACUGUUUCUAUUCUGUUUCUGUUUUGGGUCUGUGCUCCACUUUCAGCAGGCAUUUUUGCACUGAAACUGAUUGAAGUUUGUUCCUUUUAGAUUCAUUUUUAUUUUGCCUUUUUUAAAAGUUGCUUGUAAAUGCCAAUGUAUAUACUGCAUAUUUUGUAAAGAAAAUAUUACAGCAGUUUGUCUGCUACGAACAGAAUUGGAGGUUGACACUGUGAUAUGCACCUCCAUCAACACCUAAAGUAAAUAUGUAAUUAAUAAGA